GAAAGAAAAGAAAAUCGACUCCUAUUUCCCCUAUAUUUUCUCCGUUUCUCGCCGUUAUAGACAAUAACUUCGAUACUACACCAAAAAGUUUCGAUUUCUUUCCAGUCUCCCCCUUCCGUUAUUUCCGCUGCGCCUUUUCCCACAAUAAAGGCAUAUUCAUCAUAUUCCAAGAAACCCAUACCAUAUACUUCAAUAAAGAUUUUACCAAACUAUUCAUCAAUGGCAGCAGCUAAUCCUUCUUCUUCAUCCUCAUCUUCUCCGCAUCCACUUCACCCUUGUCUCAGUAACCCUCAACGCCUCCAUCGUCCUUGUUUCUUCAAACCCUUUGGGUCCCAUGAUCGUAAAUUGCGAUCCGUUCGAUGUCAAAUCCCCAAAUUUGAACCGAAAAGAUCGGCGGUGAAUUCUGAUGUUACCGAAGCCACAUCUUCUUCCUCUUCGAGCAUCGAUUUCCUCACCUUGUGCCAUAGCCUUAAGACCACAAAAAGGAAAGGAUGGAUCAAUCAUGGAAUCAAGGGUCCUGAAUCCAUCGCUGAUCAUAUGUAUCGAAUGGCAUUAAUGGCUUUAAUUGCUGGCGAUCUUCCUGGUAUCAACAGGGAAAGGUGUAUCAAGAUUGCGAUUGUGCAUGCAUUGCAGAAGCUAUUGUGGGAGAUAUAA